AUGUUAUCUACAACAGAAUAUAACAAAAUUAAAUGGCAACUUGAUCAUAUACUAGCAACAAUUACCGGCCCACCACGACAACACCUUCGUACUACAUUUAAAAAGAAACUUCAUGAACAUAAAUUAGCUACAACAUAUCCACCUUUUCAACAGUCGAAUUACGAACAAUUUUUUAUAAGUUUUCGAACAAAUGAUUCAACAUUACAUCAUCUUAUCGAACAGGUUAAAUCAUCAACAAUAUUUACACUUGAUACAGAAUCAAUAAUUAUUCCUCACAAACCGAACAAACCGGCAUUGAUUCAAAUUCAAAUUAUUUUAUCUCAUUCAUUUUCAUAUGUAAUUUUCAUUGAAGUUUGCCAUUUACCACCUACAAAUCAACCAACGUUUCAACUAAUCGAAACAUUCUUUCAAACAUUAUUUAAUAUUAAUAACAAUAUUUUUAUUUGGGGAGAUAAAAAUGAACUCGAUGGUUUUCUUUCUUUUAAUUUAUUUACAUAUGAUGAUAUUAAUUCAUUCAAUGAUAGAAAUCUUCAAAGUGAAUUUAAAAACUACUGGAAUAGAAAACAUCCACACCAAUUAAAAUCUUCAUCAUCAACAAAUGAUUCAGAAUGUAUAUGUGAAUCAUGUUUAGGAUUACAGUCUAACAACACUUGGUCUUUACAGAAUGCUGUGGCUUAUGAAUUACAUCAAUGGUUAGACAAACGUAAAACCAAAUCAAGCUUUGACAUUGGUCUCGAUCCACAUUUAUAUCAUUUUAAUUCAAGCGAACUUGAAUAUCGUCAAUCAUUAACUCAAUACGCGACGUAUGAUUGUUUAUCGAUGCAACAACUGCUUCUUAAAUUAAAUUUAGUUACUAGUCAAGAAUUAAUUGUUGAUUCUUUAAAUGAAAUUGAUAUAAUUAUAUCGAAUGAUUUAACUCCACCAAGUCCACAUACAUCAAAUAUUCCAAUAACAAUUAAUAUCUCACAACAACAAUCGAAUCAAGCAGCAUCAGCUAUAACCGUAUUAAUUCAAACCGCAAAUGAUAACAUGAAUGAUUUAGAAGCUGUCUCGUCUGAUGAUGAUGAACAUCAACAACGUGAAAUAUUAAAUGAACAACAACGUAACCCAUUAACUAUUCAAGAAAGGAAAAAGAUUCAUAAUCGUAGUAAUACAUUGAAACAAUGGCAACGAUCAUAUAAACAUGAAAUCAUACAACGUGAUAUAGAUAAACGAUUUACAAUUACCGAUAUUAAAAAUAUUCUUCGACAACAUUCUAUUAAAUUUUGCGCCGUCAACACUUCAAUAUCACCAACAACAAAUAAAAAAUCGCUAUAUAUUGGAAUAAAAAACAAAAAUCUAUUAUCAAAUUAUAAAGAACAAACGAAACAGUUAUUUACAACUACACAUUAUAAACAAUACAAACAUGUAUUUAGAUCAUCUAAUUAUAAAGAUGAUCGACGUAAUGGUUAUCAGCGUCGAAAUCAAACAAGUUGA